UGGCACCUCACUACAACUGUCAAUGUCAAAUGUACGGCGUAUAUGGAUUGUGGAGUGCUUGCACGUGUUUCUAAUCUUUCACAAAUAAAUACUAUUCUAAAACGGUAUUAAUUUAACGAAUUACAGAUUAUUUUAUGAUGGUUGUUCAAGAAGAUUGUGAAAAGCCUGUAGAAGUGGCGCUGAUUCGAAGACCACUAGUGGAACCAAAGUCGUAUGUUAUUGUGAAGAAUCAUGUGCGGGAACUCAUAAACACUAGUGAAAGUAGUUCUACUGAAAGAAAAACUGAAGAAAUAUCAUCACAAUCUUUAGAAAAUGAUAGUAAAACGAAGCGAAAAUCCAACAAAAAACAUAAAAAUACCACACAAAAAUCAAAAUCUUCAGACGAGCAAGCCACAACUGAAAUUAUUGAUAAAAGUGACUUAGAAGAGUUGAAAACAGUGUACAAAAAGUGCAAAGAUGUGAUAAACAAAAUUGAAACUAAAUAUGGCCAUUUAUUAGACUUAAACAGUGGAGCAGGUCCGAGUUCACACAGAAAAAGAAAAAUAAACUCAGAAGAAUCAACUGACAGUGAAUGUGACUGUAAAUUAAACAAGAAAAUAGUGUUUGACGAUGAUGGUAAGCAGGUUGCAGUGGAUAGAGUACCAGAUAACCAUAUCUGUGCUAAAAAAGUUAAAGGAUAUAGUGAAAAGCAAACAAAAACUAAAACCAUAGCCAUAGAGUACACAGAUAAUGAAAUAAGUCUACCAGAGACAUUACCAGAACUGGCCAGUAUGUUACAAAACCAAGAUGUGGAAAAAACCCUUAGAAAUAAAAUUGUGAAUAAAAUGAGAAUGUUGAAACAGGAUUAUGCAAAUGAUAUAAAGUUUAAUAAACAAGCGAUUAUAGAAAAGAUAAAGGCUAAUCCUGAUGAAGUAUUAGCAUUUAAGGGCACAAAUUUAUCUACAUUGAAGGGAUAUUUAUAAGAAUUAAGAUUAGUUGCUGAAUGCCAUAAUUAUUACUUUCUAUGUUUGGUACUCGAGAUGAAACAAAAUACUGCAAUAACCUACAAAUUGAGAUUUGUAGCUUACAUUACACUUCCUGAUAUACAGUGGGUAGCAGAUCAACCUACUUAUCUAUAAAUUUUAUUUAUUGGAUUUUCUACUUUAUAUACUAGCUUCUGCCAUGUUUUCGUACGCGCAAUUCCGUUUUC